CUGUUUGCCUCUCGGUGCCCUCGAUCGGACCACGUCAUUGACCGCUCACUUCGUUGGGGGGUUCGCUUAUCAAAUGCGGGGAACCAGCAAGGUGCACGUCGGUAUUCCAUGAUGCCAGCUGGACUGCUGCUGUGUGAAGCAUCGAGCAAGAGGCCAUCAACAACCUGAUAGAGGGAACAAUUAUAAUAACAUGGAGAGAAGCUUGUCAAGAUGCUGGCAAAGUAACGAGAAGUCGAGAUGGCACUCUCGGAUUUGUAAACAACUGAAACUCGAAGGGCAAACAGCCCGGCUGAGGUGACUGACGCAUUGACGGGCAAACGGCUGGGUGAGUGCCCGCCACUGCAGAAGGCGUUGACAGUGCGAUCAAUCAGCCGCGGUCACUGUUGGGGGGGAUGUCCAACCACUCCUGCCAACGGGCAACAGCCAACAGUCAAGGGGGAAACUGUCGUCUGACUGGCUUCUUCUCGCGCCUUCCCUCCACUUCUCUGUCACUCCCAACCGCCAAGUGGCUUGUGCGUGGCCUGUCAGUGAAGGUGAGUGACACACCACUCACACCGUGGCAGGCGUUGCAAACGGACCAGUGACGAUCGACUUGGGACCUGGCACCUUUCCGCUUCCACUCCAGUCCCGUCACCUCUUCCCCUUCACUCAGCCCCCCCGCUUCGCUUCCCUUUCCAGGCAGUGGAAGCCUGGCCCCUCCAAGUUCGCCAUCCUGAUUCCUGCCACUUCCGCCGCAGCCAGCACCUGAACCUACUUAUUUAAUCCUCCCCGCCCAUCUGCAUCCCCGAUUCCAUUUCUUCCGCUUUCACCAUCUCUCUCCAUCGCCAUCAUCGCAGGAGUGUUCAUCCACGCACAUAUCAUUCCCGCCACUCGAUUCUAGUCAUUUCGCUUCAUCCAUCAACAGUCCAUUCGUCCACUGCACAACCCCCAUCAUGCAGAUUUUCGUCAAGACUUUGACCGGCAAGACCAUCACCCUCGAGGUCGAGUCGUCGGAUACCAUUGACAAUGUCAAGCAAAAGAUUCAGGACAAGGAGGGCAUUCCCCCCGACCAGCAGCGCUUGAUUUUUGCCGGCAAGCAGUUGGAGGAUGGCCGCACCCUUUCCGACUACAACAUCCAGAAGGAGUCUACCCUCCACCUUGUCCUCCGCCUGCGCGGUGGUAUGCAAAUCUUCGUCAAGACUCUUACCGGCAAGACCAUCACCCUUGAGGUGGAAUCGUCCGACACUAUCGACAACGUCAAGCAAAAGAUCCAAGACAAGGAGGGCAUUCCUCCCGAUCAGCAGCGUCUCAUUUUCGCCGGCAAGCAGCUUGAAGACGGCCGCACUUUGAGCGACUACAACAUUCAGAAGGAGUCUACCCUUCAUCUCGUUCUUCGUCUACGCGGUGGUAUGCAGAUUUUCGUUAAGACGCUUACCGGCAAGACGAUUACUCUCGAGGUUGAGUCUUCCGACACCAUCGACAACGUAAAGCAAAAGAUCCAGGACAAGGAGGGUAUCCCACCUGAUCAGCAGCGUCUCAUUUUCGCUGGAAAGCAGCUCGAGGAUGGUCGCACCCUCUCCGACUACAACAUUCAGAAGGAGAGCACCCUGCACUUGGUGCUCCGUCUUCGUGGUGGUAUGCAGAUUUUCGUCAAGACCUUGACGGGCAAGACGAUUACGCUGGAAGUCGAGUCUUCGGAUACGAUUGAUAACGUGAAGCAAAAGAUCCAGGACAAGGAGGGUAUCCCGCCUGACCAGCAGCGUCUGAUCUUUGCUGGUAAGCAGUUGGAGGAUGGCCGGACCCUCUCUGAUUACAACAUUCAGAAGGAGAGCACUCUUCACUUGGUGCUGCGCCUCCGUGGCGGCCAGUAAGCGGAUUGUCGUCUUUGUUUCUGAUUCUUGAUGACGAGCAAGGGUUCAUUUGGGCGUUCAGCGUUUAUUGGGUUACUUAUUGCAUCCAUGGGUUGGGAAAUGAUGACAACCAUGAAACAGGGCAUAUCUAGCCGAAUCUAAUGGCACACGCUUCAUACAUACAGCGAUGCCAUAAUAAAGACUAUAUUUACGGUCUCAAACAUGAUGUCUCUUGGUGAUUUGCUUGUGUCUCAAUUCGUGAGCUUUUGUUAUUCCCGUCAACCUGUCAUCUGGUCAAUUGGGGAUGGAGUCGGACGUGUAAGUCAAGAUGGUGGUGCAGUGGGUUGGUACACACCGUGCGAGGUGACCGUUGCGUGGCCGAAAGUGGCGCCCUUUUUUGGUGGACAAGAUGCAUCAUACGUGAAAGAUACGUACCGACCGCCGAGUUCAGUUCGCGCUAGUCCGGCCGUGGAGCCCUCCCUCCCCCCCUGUGAAGGACGAUCCAACGUCCAACGUCCAACGUCAAGUUCGUAGUUGUGGAAGGUUGAAUGUGAAGAGGACAUCCGGAAGGAC